GACUCUCCUGCCGGGGCUGUCAGCACCACCAGGAGACCCAGGACUCUCCUGCCGGGGCUGUCAGCACCACCAGGAGACCCAGGACUCUCCUGCCGGGGCUGUCAGCACCACCAGGAGACCCAGGACUCUCCUGCCGGGGCUGUCAGCACCACCAGGAGACCCAGGACUCUCCUGCCGGGGCUGUCAGCACCACCAGGAGACCCAGGACUCUCCUGCCGGGGCUGUCAGCACCACCAGGAGACCCAGGACUCUCCUGCCGGGGCUGUCAGCACCACCAGGAGACCCAGGACUCUCCUGCCGGGGCUGUCAGCACCACCAGGAGACCCAGGACUCUCCUGCCGGGGCUGUCAGCACCACCAGGAGACCCAGGACUCUCCUGCCGAGGCUGUCAGCACCACCAGGAGACUCAGGACUCUCCUGCCGAGGCUGUCAGCACCACCAGGAGACUCAGGACUCUCCUGCCGAGGCUGUCAGCACCACCAGGAGACUCAGGACUCUCCUGCCGAGGCUGUCAGCACCACCAGGAGACUCAGGACUCUCCUGCCGGGGCUGUCAGCACCACCAGGAGACCCAGGACUCUCCUGCCGGGGCUGUCAGCACCACCAGGAGACCCAGGACUCUCCUGCCGGGGCUGUCAGCACCACCAGGAGACCCAGGACUCUCUUGCCGGGGCUGUCAGCACCACCAGGAGACCCAGGACUCUCCUGCCGGGGCUGUCAGCACCACCAGGAGACCCAGGACUCUCCUGCCGGGGCUGUCAGCACCACCAGGAGACCCAGGACUCUCCUGCCGGGGCUGUCAGCACCACCAGGAGACCCAGGACUCUCCUGCCGGGGCUGUCAGCACCACCAGGAGACCCAGGACUCUCCUGCCGGGGCUGUCAGCACCACCAGGAGACCCAGGACUCUCCUGCCGGGGCGGUCAGCACCACCAGGAGACCCAGGACUCUCCUGCCGGGGCUGUCAGCACCACCAGGAGACCCAGGACUCUCCUGCCGGGGCUGUCAGCACCACCAGGAGACCCAGGACUCUCCUGCCGGGGCUGUCAGCACCACCAGGAGACUCAGGACUCUCCUGCCGAGGCUGUCAGCACCACCAGGAGACUCAGGACUCUCCUGCCGAGGCUGUCAGCACCACCAGGAGACUCAGGACUCUCCUGCCGAGGCUGUCAGCACACCAGGAGACUCAGGACUCUCCUGCCGGGGCUGUCAGCACCACCAGGAGACCCAGGACUCUCCUGCCGGGGCUGUCAGCACCACCAGGAGACUCAGGACUCUCCUGCCGGGGCUGUCAGCACCACCAGGAGACCCAGGACUCUCUUGCCAGGGCUGUCAGCACCACCAGGAGACCCAGGACUCUCCUGCCGGGGCUGUCAGCACCACCAGGAGACCCAGGACUCUCCUGCCGGGGCUGUCAGCACCACCAGGAGACCCAGGACUCUCCUGCCGGGGCUGUCAGCACCACCAGGAGACCCAGGACUCUCCUGCCGGGGCUGUCAGCACCACCAGGAGACCCAGGACUCUCCUGCCGGGGCUGUCAGCACCACCAGGAGACCCAGGACUCUCCUGCCGGGGCUGUCAGCACCACCAGGAGACCCAGGACUCUCCUGCCGGGGCUGUCAGCACCACCAGGAGACCCAGGACUCUCCUGCCGGGGCUGUCAGCACCACCAGGAGACCCAGGACUCUCCUGCCGGGGCUGUCAGCACCACCAGGAGACCUAGGACUCUCCUGCUGGGGCUGUCAGCACCACCAGGAGACCCAGGACUCUCCUGCCGGGGCUGUCAGCACCACCAGGAGACCCAGGACUCUCCUGCCGGGGCUGUCAGCACCAAAGGAGACCCAGGACUCUCCUGCCGAGGCUGUCAGCACUCCCAGGAGACUCCGGACUCUCCGGUGAAAGCUGUACCGGGGAAGUGA